CCGCGGCCUCGCCGCCACCCGGGCGCCACGGAGAAAAACCAGGCCGGAUGGGAGCGAUGGUGGCGCAGACCUGGAGAGGCAGGACAGGACGGCCCGGGGCGCGGCGGGGCGCAGAGCCGACGGCGAAUCUGCCGGCAGUCCUGCGACCCCGCUCUGCCGCUCACAGCAGCUUGAACGUGUGAGGUGUUCUCGUCCCCCCCUUCCCCGCCCCAGGGGGAGGUGCGGGCAGAGUCUGCCUCGCCGUGAUGGUUCGAACUAGCCAAUAGUUGCCGGAGAGCCGCCCUCCACGGCCAAUGAGCGGGAGAGGAGGUGGUGCCAGCGAGAUAGGCUGUGCCGCCCCCCGCUCGCAUCCUCUCGGUGGUUCGAACGCGACCAUUUUGCGGGGGGAGAUCGGCGAGAGGCAGCGACCGCGGUGGCAGCGGAGCGGUGACCGGGGCCGGGGGGGGGGGGGCGUGCGGCCCACGCAGAGGAGCGCGCGUGUCCCGCGGCGGGGCGCGGGCCUGCGGCGCGUCGGAGCGAGGAGAGGCGGCUCCGGAGGCACGGGCCGAGGCGCAGGGCCCAGGGAUCCCGCUCGCUCCAGGCAGGGGACGGGCGACGCCGAGCCCGCACCAGACGACCGUUGGUUUCUCCUUUCCUUCAGCGCUGCGCGACGUCCCCCGGGCUGGGCCCGCACCGCCGGGGAAAAUGUCCAGGCCUGUCAGGAACAGGAAGGUGGUCGAUUACUCCCAAUUUCAGGAAUCAGAUGAUGCUGAUGAAGAUUACGGAAGAGAUUCAGGUCCCCCAUCCAAGAAAAUCCGUUCAUCUCCUCGGGAGGCUAAAAAUAAGAGGCGAUCUGGGAAGAAUUCUCAGGAGGACAGUGAGGACUCAGAAGAAAAAGAUGUGAAGACUAAGAAAGAUGAUUCACACUCAGCAGAUGAAGAUUUUGGCAGUGAGGAUGACGAUUUAGGAGCAGAUGAUGGCAAAGCUGACAGUGACUAUGAGAGCUCUCAAAAAAGCAAAAAAGGAAAAAAGGCUAAACCAGAAAAGAAUAAGAGAGCAGCCUCCAAAUCCAGGAAAAGGCCUGCAGAGGACAGCGAGGACGAAAAAGAAGACCACAAAAAUGUGCGUCAGCAACGACAGGCAGCAUCCAAAGCAGCUUCUAAACAAAGAGAGAUGCUUAUGGAUGACGUGGGUAGUGAGGAGGAAGAACAAGAGGAUGAUGAGGCACAGUUCCAGGAGACAGAUUCAGGAAGCGAUGAAGACUUCCUCAUGGAAGAUGAUGAUGAUAGUGACUAUGGCAGUUCAAAAAAGAAAAACAAAAAGGCUUCCAAGAAAUCCAAACCGGAGAGGAAAGAAAAGAAAAUGCCGAAGCCCAGGCUAAAGGCUACAGUGACCCCCAGUCCAGUGAAAGGCAAAGGGAAGGCAGGCCGCCCCACGGCAUCCAAGGCAACAAAAGAAAAGACCCCGUCCCCCAAAGAAGAGGAUGAAGAGCCUGAAAGUCCUCCAGAAAAGAAAAAAUCAGCUAGCCCUCCACCAGAGAAGUCAGGGGAUGAAGGAUCUGAAGAUGAAGCACCUUCUGGUGAAGAUUAAAUGGCAGUUGAGGAAAUCUUUGUUUAAAAAAAAAAAAAAAAAAGGAAAAAAAAAAGAAAACAUACUUAGGGGUAGAACACGGUUUUGGCUGUGGCUUGACUCAUGGGCUUUGAAUGCUGUCUUUACUUUCAGCUGUUUAAUACAGUGUAUCCUUUUUUUAAUAAGAGGAAACCCUUACAUGGUGAUCUUUUGAAGUCAAUGUUUUCUGUUGGCCAUUCCGUUUUCCCUCUCCUUCCAAAUCUGAAAGCCAUUUGAGACAAAUUAAGACCAUUUAAGUUUUUUUUUUUUUCAAGUGAUACCGCAGUUGUGAAGCAAUAAGGUUUGAGACUGAUAUGUGGAAACCAUACUUAUAAAUCACUAAGUAGAAUAGAUUGCCCAGUGCUGGUAAGAGUUCUUUAAAAGUGUUAUUUUCUACUUGAAUAUGUAGAAGAAAUGGACCUGUGCUUUAAAGAUUUCUGUUGAUACAGGUUCACUCUCAGAAAAAAUGUAGUUCGUACAAAUUCCAAUUGAGGAAGAGGAAACAUAGGGAAGAAACGUACGUUUCUUGGAUUUAGGCACAUUUGUCAUGGAAAGCAAUCAAGACACUUGUAGAUGGUCCACUGUUUUUUUUUAUUUAGAAAAGACCCUCCAAUUAGAAUGCGACAUCUUUUGUCUUUGCCGGAUAGAAUACUAUUCUGCUUUAGGCAGAUUGCAGUUUGUUCUACACAAAUUCAGAUACACAACCUACAAGCUUCUCACAUCCAUUAACUUUUCUUUUUAACAAGGUUGGCUAUAGAUGAGCAGAAUAGCAAAGAGAAAUUGAAGACCAUUUUUAAAACUCUGGUUUCCAUUUGAUAUUGUGGAAAUGUCUUUCAAGUUUUUCCAAGGAAAAAAAAAAUCAUGGGUAGUAUAAACUUAAUUUUUUUAUCCUUUGGGGCAUGGGAUAUCCUUUUAUAAAUGUGAAGCAAAGGAUUCCUGUAAUGCUCUGGUCAGUCUCGGAUCCCAUGAGUCACGCUUAAGUGUUUAUCUUCUCCCUCCAUCUGUCCUCAGGCUCUGUAGUCGUAUCUCUCAGCCUCUCCAGCUCAGUGUUGGACAGCAGACUUCCAUCGAUAGUGAACAUCACCACAAUACACCUUCAUUUCUUCAUCCUUCCAUUCUACAGAGUGGGAGGCUUUGCUCCCACAUCAACAUGUCUGCUCCUAACAUGUCAUUGUUCUGCUCCCUAAGCUGAAGUGUUGAACGGGAACAGUAUUCAAGGAGAAGCCAGGAGGAAGUGGAGUUUGGAAGCAGUGUAGCAGGGCUGUCGUUUUAUAACAAAAACAGGAUGUCCCUCUAAAUGCAAGACACUUGAGAUAUAUGUGGUGGCAUUUUAAUGUGUUUUUAUCAAAGCAGCCAUAUCCUUUUUAAAAAUGUUAAUCAAGCCUUGGUUUUCAGACCCUAAUACAGAUGUUGCUGCCUCUGGUUUGUUGGUGGAAAUAUUGAAAACUAGACCUGCCAUUCUUUUUCUCUUUCAUUAAACUCUUUGUGCUUUCUGUAUGUUGUUCCCAGUUAUCUUAUAGCUGACAGGCUUUUUUGUUGUUGUUGUCUUUUUUUUUUUUGGUCAUCAUAGAUCUACACAUUUCAUAACCAGCCUUUUGAAGGUAACAUAAGGCAGCUAAUUAGUUGUAUUUCUGGAUCACAUGCUACCAGAUUUUUAAUCCUGUUUGGAUUUUAGAGAACUUUUAGUUGUCGUACACUAAUAUGACCAGGAGAGACACUUGACUGGAUGGCAUAGGGAGCCUGAAGAUGCUGAGCAAAGUGUGGAGUCCAAAAUACGUAACGGAAUGUUAGUACAACAGCCGAGUGAUUGUCUUGUGUGAUUCAUAGCCAUGGAUUUUACUGAGGCUGGUAAAUUACCUUGGCUUACAAGAAAUUAAGUUCUCUAACAUUCUUUACUAUAAUGAAACUAUUGUUGCCAUUACAAUAAAGAUGAUCGGUGUUUCCAUUGUAAAUCUUUUGUUUUUUAAGGGGUUUAAUUUUGCAGAAGAGCUUAAGGAUGGAGUGAAGUGUCAGUUUUGAAAAAGAAGUGAAUGUAAUGCCUUCUCCUCUCCCAUACCUCUUCCCACUUGCAGAUUGCUGGGAGAGCAGAGCCUCUUGCAUUCUUUUCAGUUCUAGUCCAGUGCUUCUUGGGCAAUAUGGGGAAAAUAAGCGGCCAGGUUUUAAACAACAUUUGAAUUAAGUUUGAGGGUAGCAUACAGUUUUGUCUCUGGUCAACAUAGUUGUUUUCCUUUAGGCCAGAUUAUGGUUCAAGUUAUUUGUGUCUGUUGGCUUCUUAGGGUUUUUGUGGUAUUAAAAUGCACAAGGAUCACUGAAAUCUAGAAUACCUCUAGCUGAUCUGGUCAAGCAGCUGUUCUUUUACCUGCUAGACCUGGUUUGUUGUUUUGGGUUUUUUUUUUUCCUGAAGAGUGUAUUUUUUAAGUUCCACUUAAAUUAUAUUUUUGGGGUUUUUUUCUAACAUGGUUAAGUAAGUUAAGGCUGUGAAAAAUGUUUUUUUUAUUCUCAGUUCAGGUGUUGGACUGGAUUAUUUUAUGCCUAGUAGUUUUGGCCCUUUAUCUUACAGAACUGUUCUGCUUUCUCAUCUGUUCAUCUCUCAUGGCUGUUGCAGGCUGCAUGAUGCUGGAGUUUGUCACAGCCCAAACUACGUAAAUCCUGUACUGCUUCUGGGAUUUUGUAACUUUUUCUAUAUCUAACCGUUUUGCUGAUUGGUGCAUACACUAAGCCCUAACGGUCUCUAGGUUAGUGUGUUAGAAAUACAGCAGUUUACAUUUUACAGAUGCAAGAAAAUUGUGAAGGUUCAGACAUUUUAACCUUUUUUUUUUUUUAGUGGACAUUUUUCAGUAGCUGCAGACUUCACAUUUUCAACUGUCCUUUCUAACUAAUUUGUCUUAAGCAUUCUCAUUUUUUUGAAGGAAAGCUGCAAGUUAGGAACACGAAUAGUUCUUCACAGAGCAGAAAGUCUCGUUCAUGCAAGAAGACUUUGAAAAGAUUGUCUUCUCUUACACAGCUAUAGUUUUGGAGCCUUUGCAGAGAGGUCAAUGGAUUUAUUUCAAAGUUUAGUAAAUCUAAUGCCCUGCCUGGUCUCACUUUUAAAAUAGUGUUCAUAACUAACUUCCUUUAUAUAUCCUUUUGUACAUUCAGUUUCUGAAUCCAUGCCACCACAUCCAAUUUUGCAGUGAGUUUCCAAUAGUGUUGCCUUUAACUGGCCACAAGGCUUGAUCAGGAAAAAAUUUGGAAUUUCAGUUGAGACUUUCAUACUAAAGAUUAUUAGCUUCAGUUUUGUUUGAUCAUGAAGAUGCCAAACAUGCCAAGCUAAAUAGGUUUCAGAAUGGAUUGUGGGAGAGAGCAAGACUUAGAAAUGGGGCAGCCAAGAAGCUUUUAAUUUUAUUGGUUUUAACUUUAUGAAAGCAGAGGAGCGUAUGGAGAGAGAAGCAGCACACCUUGGGUGGCUUCUGCUAGGGAACCUCGCCAAGGCAAGGUUACGCUUCAGAGCGUGCUCAGCUCCUGGGCUACCAGGGUAGUGGCAGAAAAUGUGCUUGAAUUCCAUGUUUUGUUUUCUUCUCUCCCCCCUGCCUUCCCCCUCCGCUGGCGAAGGUCACAAAGGUACAGCAGACACUGAAGCACCCAAGUUAAGGAGGGAAGGAGGUAAACUAUAACAUGCUGGAAGCUUUUGAGCUGUAGAAACUGGUGCUUCGCUUUAUGUAAUUUGUGAAGUGUUUAUUUUUAUAACAGAUCAUAUUGUUGAACACAUGGUUCUUAAAAGCUACGAACUGAUCCAUGAGUCUGAUAUUGCAGAAGUGGACGUUCAUAUGUUGAGGGAGGCAGGAUGUGAAAAUGGGAGCAGAUGGAUAGUCAAAGGGACACUGUCACAGAAUAGUUGGUGGCAUACUGGAUAUGUCAGCUGGGAGAGGGUCACCUCUAUAUGUCAAAACUCUAUGUAUUGUGUAUGAUCAAAUAUAAAUUUUUCUCUGAAUUCUGACUAUUUUCCUACAACUUUGCGAGGUUGAAAUACAAGUUCUGCUGGUGAAACUAGGAAGGAAAACUACCUAUUCUGUUCUUACUGUCCAAAGUGACUUUUUUUUUUUCAAGUGCUAUGAGGAGUAUCAUGUUGACAGUGUCCUUUCGAGACCUCCCCAAAUCAAGUGUACCUUCCUUUUAGACUUCCAGCUUCAGUAGAUGACUGGCAUUUGAAUGUCUUUUCGUUGAACUCUUUAUAUUAAAAACAAACCACAAAUGUUUCUAAGUCUAGUCAAGUUCUCACCACGUGCUGACUGCGUAUCAACCACUAUUGGAAAGGUGUCUAGACUGCCUGCCCCCUUCAGCCUCGCAAAUUGUCUGGGUCCAUCAGCCUGAGCAUGCUCUGUGUGACUGCAAACACCAUUGUGCAUAUGCUUUGUAUAUUGGGGCAAGGGUUUUUUAUAUAUAUAUUUUGGGAGGGGUAGUGGGUGGGAUGGAGAAUUACUCAAUCAGCUUAAGCCAGAAUAAUGUGUGUAAAAGCCCCUGAAGUAUUUUGUGUGUGAGUGCGCGAGUGUGAGUGCGCGCAUGGGAGUGUCUGACAUCUUAUUCCCCUUGUGUUCUGAAGACUUGUGAGUUUUAACUUUUUUUUCUGCAGAAGCAAUUGUUAAAAAAAAAAAAAAUUGUAAAUAAGAGCUACAUAAUUUUGUUUAACCAUGAACAUCAUGUCACAGCAAACCCUGAAUAAUCACUUUGAAGGUAGAUGAGGAGACUCCAGGUAGGACCUUGUGCUCUCAAGCAAGGCGUCAUUAUGUGGUAUGCAAUGAAUAUUUGUCUGGACUAUUUGCCAAUCCCCCAUUGAGCUUUUCUAAAAUUCAAGCUCUUUGCGGUUCCCCUACCCAUCGCUUGUAGGGUUCUUAUGUUUGGGUUUUUUUGGUUGGUGGUUUGUUCUUAUUUUUUUAAUCUCAAGAGCAGACAGGAAAGGGGCAGCUACAAAGUGUUCCAGUGCUGCUGGUGUGUGACUGGUGCCACUGGGCACGAUAGAGUCGGUAACUCUUGCAAUACCUUGACAACACUGAGAUCUGCCGCACGGUACUAGGAGUUAAGUCUGAAUGUAACAUUGAUGCUUUAUUUAAAAUAAAAACACUUUUUUGGUAAGGGGUUGAAGUGAACAUGACUGUUGACCAUGUUCGUGAAUUUAUAGACAAAACAUUCAUUGGUAGAAUUGUGUGAUGGUCUUUUGUGCUACUUACUUUUACAUAUUCCAGUCUCUGUAUGUACCUGCAAAGAAAGAAAGAAGAAAAAAAAAAACCCUGCUUUGCUUUUACUGAAAGGGUUCCCAGGACUGCAUACCUGCUCCUGAGCUCUGUUUUAAGUAUGUGUAUCCUUCGCUUGUAUUUUGUAUUAAAAAAAAAAAACCACAAGGAAAAAGAACCCUUUAUUGUUCAGCAUGUUGGAAUUGUGUCCCCUCUUUUAUUUUUCUCUUUUUGGAAAUAUUAAGCAACUCAUUCUUCUGUAUCUUUUAUUUUCUUUUGUAAACUUUUUGGUUUUGUUUAAAAAUGGCUUUAUAAAAGGGCUUUUAUAACCCAUA